AGAGGCUUCAAAUUCACCAUAAACAUCAACCAAGUUUUCUGCUAAUAAAGGUAUGUCAAGGGCAUCUGCUAAACUAAAAAAAUUUUAUCUUAAGUAUUAUGGGAAAAUCAGUGAACUUCAGCCGCCAUUAAAAGCACCUGCAAAUGUUGAUCUAAUGCAUAAAUUUAUUGAUCUAUGUAUUGUUGAUGCAGCGAAAACUCAAAUGGAUACUGUUUUUAGUGUUAAACGAAAGGAGUUUCUUGAAAAGCAAAUGAGUUAUACACCAAUUUCAUAUAGUAAAGUAUUUAUGAAAGAAAACAAUGUCAUAUCAAUAUCUGGAAUAGCUGGUAUUGGAAAAACAUGGUUGCUUAAAAAAUAUUUGCUUGAUUGGUCAAAUGAUUCAAUUUGGGAAAGUGUUGAGUUUGUUUUUUAUUUGGAAUGCAGGAGGCUUAAUCAAUAUGAAAAUAUUUCGAAUAUUAAUGAACUAGUAAAUGUUUUCUACAAAGACAUUAUGAAUGACUUUAUCAUUAGUAUUCAUACUUCACUGUUUAUAAUUGAUGGAUUAGAUGAGUUUAAAUAUUUUAAUAAGUUAUUAAAUCCAAAACUGAACUAUCCGAUUGUUAAUGUUUUAAUAGAAAUUCUAAAAUACAAACAUGUUGUUGCUAGUAGAGUUUAUGCAAUUGAUCAAUACCAAAGUAUAUCUACAGAUCAUAGUGAUAAGUUAACCAUUUAA